CCCGUUAGCACGCGACUAAACUCUGUUUAGACAAGUUUGUCUUGUGCGUCGGUGUGGAAAUGGAAGCAGGCAGGAUGUUGUUAGAUUAGAAACAAAGUUAGAUGAUUUUCUUUCUUUCUGAAGUCUGAAGGGUCUGUUUUAAACAAAUGUUCCUGUACGUACAGUUGGGUCCUGCUUGGAAGAAGUUUCGAGUUUAUUGUGGAAUGACGGUUUGUUUUCGGAUCUGAAUUUUAUACAAGUCAGCUGUAAUUGAGGGAAGCCAGUCUGCAGGAAAAAUGAAUAAUUUGUCUUUUGACGAUCCGUCACUGGAUAGCUUGGAUCCAAGUUUAUCCCUAAAUGAUCCAAGUGAUAUUGACACAGCUCUGUUGAACGACAUUGACGAUAUGCUCCAGUUGAUCCACAACCAGGAGAUGGAGUUCACCAGCUUGUUUGAUUCCACCUUUCCUCCAGCAGCACCAGAUCCAGCGCAUGACCUUUCAGCCCUGGCUUCUUCUAGCUUGGCUCCUACUUCCCGCAACUCCUCCACCUCAUCCAUCCUGAGCAACAGCCCACAUCUGGAUGCUCUCCUGGGUCCCCCUGUCAGCCGCAACUCCUCCACCCCAGACCAGACUUUCCAUGCCCCAAAAUUUCAACAAGCUCCCUCUACUCAGGUGACCGCUACACCUGUGACUCCAAGCAAGGUGAAUCAGCCCAAAGUGCAAACACCUCAACCUGUACUUCACCCACCAAGUAAGGCUCCUCAGAGCCCUACGUUCUCCUCAAGUCCUCAGCAGCCUGUGACUAAUUAUGCAAACCAGAACGGAUACACUGCAGUCCCUCAGCAGGGCUCUCCCCAGCCCGUGCCCAGUGUUGCCAGCUCUCCACAGACCAUUAAGCCGGUAGCAAUCCAGGCUCAGGUCCAGAGUCUGUCUCCAUCUUCCAUCCUCACCACCUCCUCCAGUCCCCCAGCACAGACUCACGUCCAGCAAGUUCCUGUCUUGUUGCAGCCUCAGUUCAUCAAGGCAGAAUCUCUCCUCCUCACCACCCUGAAGCCAGACGUGUCCAUGGUAACUACAGUAGCAACUCCGUGCAUCACAUCUCUGGCUACAUCCACAGCUCCAGUACAGAGCACCUCACUGCAGGCUCUGAUGAACGGCGGGACAAUCCUGACCACUGUUCCAGUCAUGGUGGACACAGAGAAGCUGCCCAUCAACCGUAUAGCCAUCAGCAGCAAGUCGGGUAUGCAUACCCACAAAGGCGAGAAACGCACAGCACACAACGCCAUUGAGAAGCGCUACCGGUCCUCCAUCAACGACAAGAUCAUCGAGCUCAAGGACCUGGUGGCUGGCACCGAGGCUAAGCUGAAUAAAUCUGCAGUGCUGAGGAAAGCUAUUGAUUACAUCCGGUACCUGCAGCAGGCCAACCAGAAACUGAAGCAGGAGAACAUGACUCUCAAAAUGGCCAACCAAAAGAACAAGUCUCUGAAAGACCUAGUGGCCAUGGAGGUAGACGUGAAAACUGAACUUCCCACUCCUCCAGCCUCUGACGCCGGCUCGCCGGAACCCAGCGGCUCCUUCUCUCACUGCAGCAGCGACUCGGAGCCUGACAGUCCCAUGGGAGAGGACAGCAAGCCUAUGUCCAGUGCUGAGAAGGCUGCUGGAGGGAUGCUGGACCGCUCACGGAUGGCUCUGUGUGCCUUCACCCUCCUCUUCCUCUCCUUCAACCCAUUAGCAUCUCUGAUGUUCAGGCUCCAAAACAGGGCUGGAGAAGUUGUUCCCCCGGGCCACUCGGGAACUGGCAGGAAUAUGCUGGCAUUUGAUAAUGCAGCUGAUUCAUGGGGCUGGAUGGACUGGAUGCUGCCCACUCUGUUGGUGUGGCUGCUAAAUGGUGUUCUGGUAGCUGGUGUCCUGAUCAAGCUAUUGGUGUAUGGAGAGCCCGUCACUAGACCACACUCUGAAUCCUCCGUCCUGUUCUGGAGACACCGUAAACAGGCUGACCUUGACCUGGCCAGAGGAGACUUUGCCCAGGCCUCUCAGAACCUGUGGACAUGUCUGAAGGCUCUUGGUCGUCCUCUGCCCACCUCUCAGCUGGACUUGGUGUGUGCGGUGCUGUGGUCUACCCUGCGUCUGUGGCUGCAGAGGCUGUGGGUGGGCCGCUGGCUGGCCUGCAGGGCUGGAGCUCUGCGUGUCGAUCGCCCCCUACAGGACGAUGCACGCAAGAGCAGCCGUGAUGCUGCCCUCGUCUAUCACCGCCUGCACCAGCUGCACAUGACCGGGAAGCUCGGCGGCAGCCACCUGUUUGCAGCGCACAUGGCUCUGAGUGCGGUGAAUCUAGCCGAGUGUGCCGGAGACUGUCUGUCUGUGGCCACGCUGGCUGAGAUCUACGUCUCCGCUGCCCUUAGAGUAAAAACAAGCUUGCCCCGCCUGCUGCACAUCACCUCUCGUGGCUUUCUGAGUCGUGCUCGACAGGCCUGUCUGUCCCCCAGUGGCAGUGUUCCUCCUGCCAUGCAGUGGCUCUGCCACCCUCUGGGUCAUCGCUUCUUUGUGGACGGAGACUGGUCUGUACGCAGCACACCUAAAGAGAGCAUCUAUAGCCAGGCUGGAAACACGGUGGAUCCUCUGGCUCAGGUGACUCAGGCUUUCAGGGAGCACCUGCUGGAGAAGGCUCUGUACUGCGUGGCUCAGCCACGUGGAGACAAGAGCCCCAACGAGGGACAAGGCGAGUACUCGGAUGCCCUGGAGUACCUGCAGCUGCUGAACAGUGCCUCUGAUGCAGCAGGAGCUACCACACAGGCCUUCGCCAUCGGCUCAAACAUGGCCACCGUCACCGGCUGUGAUCCUCACUCAAAAUGGUGGUCGUCAGUUGCCGUGGUGAUUAUUAACUGGCUGCAGGGAGAUGAUGUAGCGGCAGAGAGGUUGUAUCCAGCGGUGGAACAUCUUCCACGUAGUCUUCAGUCAGACGAAAGUUCACUACCCAAAGCCUGUUUGAACAUGUUUAAAGCAGUGCGCGCCCUGCUGGCCAAACCAGAGAACAGACAGCUGAGUCUGAGCUACUGUGAGAAAGCCAGCAGCCUGUUCAGAGACAGCCUCAAUCUUGGGCCACACUGUAGCAGCAGCACUUUAGACAAGUUGGUGCAGUUGUUACUGUGUGAUCUGCUGCUGGUGACACGCACCAGUCUGUGGCGAGAGCAGCAAAUUUGUUCUCCAGCUUCCCCUCAGCAGAGCUCGGCUUCGGCAGCAUCUCCCACUGAGCUGCAGGGCUUCCAGCAGGACCUGAGCUCUCUGCGCAAACUCGCCCACAGCUUCCGACCUGCCAUGCGUAGGUUGUUUCUGCAUGAAGCCACUGCCAGGCUAAUGGCAGGAGCAAGUCCAACACGCACACACCAGCUCCUGGACCGCAGUCUGCGCCGCCGUGCCACACCUGGAGGCAAAAUCGAGGAGUGUGAGACGCGGCCAGGCCAGCGUGAGCAGGCAGAGGCGGCCAUGUUGGCAUGUUGGUAUCUGCCGCCGUCGUUCCUGUCGGCCCCGGGCCAGAGGGUGGGGAUGUUGGCAGACGCUGCACGCACUCUUGAAAAGCUGGGAGACAAACGCACGCUCCAUGACUGCCAGCAGAUGAUCAUCAAACUGGGCAGCGGGACCACAGUCGCCUCCACCUAGAGACAAAAGACUUUCAACUCCCCCUCACCUCACCCUCUUGAACUAACACCGUUAUCAAUCUCAAAUUUUCUGUCACAUGUUUUCUGGUUGCAGGCUUUGGCCUUUAUCAAUUAACCCACUCGUUUUAGUUUAGUGCAGUCCCCCCCCCCCAUUUUGUUAAUUUCUUUUUAACUUCUCCCUGUUUUUCUUUUAUAGCUAUUAUUUAAAUAAUUUAAUAAUUUAAUUUGGAUAUUUUUGUCAAAAUGCUGAUGGUUAAUGUUGUACAUCUUACUUAAAGGUGUGGUCAGUAAUUUUAAAUGUAGAAAUAAUUGUGAUAUUUAGCCAAGUUUCCCUUAGGUUUUAGGCAGCUGUCUAGUAAAUAUCAUCUCCGAGGAGAAAUUCCUGUCUCUGUGGUGCCUCGAGCUCUGAAAUGGAAGAAAAAAUAAAACCGUAUGGACACCGGGCAAUCGGAACAACAGAGGUGUUUCGACUUGUCUGUCAAACCUGAAGGCUGCUUUAUCACACUUUGGAUUCAAAACGGAUACCUUCAGCUACUUUUCUUUUAAAAUUGCUUACUACACCUUUAAAGUAAUAUUUCACGUAUAGAUGCCGUCUGGGCCUCUGUAGUUUUUGCUGUAAUGAGGUGCUUUGUAAGCACCAGCUUUGUCCACUAGAUGGCAUUUUAUUGAGCAGCAUUGGAUGCUUAUGAGUGGCCGUACAGGGCCGUUGGACACAUCAUUGCAGUUCCCCUAAACGUACUACUGGCGUUCCACACACAGUCCUUGUCUCUAGCUGUAAUGAUAUGAUGGUGUAUGUACAUGUGUGCAUGUUUCUGUCUAAAGCAGCAUCUCGGCCACCUGCUGAGUCUACCAGUUUUGUACAGCAUAACCAGGUAACUCUGUUGCCUGGAUAUCGAGGCUUAACCUGUGUGCAAGGGAGCUAGGCGUUAUGGGAGUGAUGAGAUUUUCCUUUUCAUUACAUCUGUACAGACCUUUCUAAUCUGCACUACCCUUACUGGGGCUGACUACUUCUACAUGACUUAAGAGCGCAUAUGGCUUUACAAGGUUCUUUUCUUGUAACGUUUUCCUUGUACAUAUUUUUAAAGACAUGUAUUUAUAAUUUUGUCUAAAGAUAUACUGUAGGUGAACAGUGUUUUCUAGGAACAGGCAAAAGGGGACUACUACCGUACAUGGAUGUUUUAUUGGAACACCGUGCUAGAGCAGAAAGCAUCAUUAACGCCACCCUUCUGGAAGUAAUGAGUAAAGCGUUCAUCGCUGUGAAUAUGGGACCAGUUUAGAGUUUCACUUAAAAUGUUUAAGUGGAGAAUCUGACUGCCAGGUAACUCGUCCCAGAUAAGUGGGAAAGACUUGAACAGGGUGCUUGUUCUUGAAGUGUCUUGUCCAUUUACACUACUGAGAGAAGCGAUAGUUAAUAUUUGAAGUGCGCAGCUCCUGAACCUACUUGGUAAAAUGUGUGGAUGGAAUGCCACCAUGAAUGGUCACAAAACUGAGCCAGUCUGUUUUGAUACAGUUCACCAUCAUUUACCUUUAUCCAAAAACAUUUUUUUCCUUUUUUUUUAAAUAUAAAUGAGACCGUUCUUUGAGAGAGCCUCAUCUGCAUUCCACUUUCAGCCACGGUAAGGUUUCAAAAGCUCUCACCUGUAAAUUUAACCGAGUUUCAGAGGUUGUAUUGUAAAUGGCAGACUCGUGACCUGUAUGCUAAUCAGUGUGGCGUGUUCAUAGUCACAAUUUCAACAAAAAUGUUUGAACAGUCUGUCCAAAUGUCGGCUCUUUGAUUUAUUCUUGAGAAUGUAAAUAAAAGUUGUUUUGUAGCAUAUG